AAUCUGCUUGCCGGCUUUUUUAGGUCUGCUACGGAGACUACCCGAAUCCGAACAGCUCUGACAGUAUGGACUGCCUAGACGACGCUGAUGUGUCAAAGUUCGCGAAACUUCUGCGAACCUUGAGUAGCCUUGCUAUGGUGUUUCUCUACAGAGUUUUUAUUGCCACUGAGGCUUGGAAGUCGGGACAGGUGUCGGGACGCGCUACUCAGCGCUUCAUACUUGCGCGUGGAGACAAUCACGCUGCUCGUAUUCAUUGCAAAAGAGGAGCGUCAUCUCCCAGUGCGUCGCAUCAGCCAGCAGACACAAUGGGCGCGCCCUGCAUUCGCAGAAGAAUAUAUGGGAAUUUCCGCCUGAGCAUGAACACCAGGGUGUUCGCUAUCCCGCCGCGGUGUCAUGGACAAUAUCACCAAGAGUUUGGCUUCGGAGGUCAAAGUCUCAUGCACACGGUGACCUCGGGUAUGGGCAUAUGAGAUGUUCAGUAGCAUCGGAGAGUCGUACAGCUCGGUACCACCGCGGAUGCUUUGUAAAUGCGUCUUCCAUGACGGACGUGUGUUUAGUUGAGAUACGUGUUCAACCAUGG